AUGACGGACCUCGUGACUGACACCAGUGGUCUCUUUGAACACGGGACGCCCGGGUUUGCGUUCAACAACGUCUAUCGUUGCUUUCCGCAGAGCGGCAAUGGCCUUUUGUUUCGUCUCGUGAACGACAAGAAACAGUGGGCCUUUUACAAUGACACAGAGAGGAUGGUGUUCCGCGUGAGCGCGAAACUUGGCAAGGGCUCGCGAGUCAAAGCCCUUGGCCGGGCGAAGCUAACAGAGCUGAGUGAGGAGGAGAAGGGGCAGUGGGGUUUCGAGGUCAGUGUGUUGGUCGAGCCCGGCCGCACGGAGCGCUUCCUGGAGGGCAGCGUGGAGGGAUUUCAGGUCGACUUUCAAAGCGAGGCGGUGUCGGAGGACGACGUCGAGUUUGAAAACGGCCGCCCGGCGGUGAAGUAUGACAGUGUUUACAGGUGCCUAAAGGGCCACGGCAAUGGGCUUUUGUUUCGCCUCGUGACGAAGGGGAGCGGGGGCGAAGAGUGCACGUGGAGCUACUACAAUGACACCAAGGACUACGUGAUGGAGGUGGAGGUGGCCUUCGCCGACAAGAGUUGCGUGGAGCCGCUCGGCAAGACGCGGGUUGAGGUUGAUCCCGCAAACAAGGAGGGGGUGGUGUACAAAACUUCCGUGUGGCCGCUGCGCACGGAGUCGUUUCUCCGUGGCCACCCGCGCGAAUACCGGCAGAAUUUUCUGGCAAAUCCCAUGGACAAUGAGCAAUCGGAGGACUUUGCUGACAUUCAUUUUGAAAAUGGCCGACCCGAUCCCGACGUGAUCGCCUAUCCGUGCAGUAAAAUAUUCAGGGGCUUUAAGAAUAAGGGGAACGGGCUUGUCUUUCUUCUUGUCGACGAUGAGGCGAAGAAGUGGGCCUUUUACAACGACACAACCGAGUACAGUAUUACAGUGACGGUCAAGUUCGCCCCCAAAAGUGUGUAUCGGGCGGCACGGAAUACUGCCGUGUCGAAGAACCCCGAUGUGGAGGGUGGGACCAUUUGCGUCGUGACGGUCCCUCCUGUCACGACGGAGCUCUUCAUUACCGACGGCAAUCCGGCGGAGUACCAAAUGUCGUUUUCUGCGGUUGGGGCGGAGAGAAGCCAGCCGGAAGAGCACCCCAAGUACGAAAACGGCGGGCCCGACAAAAGUGUGAUGCCGCUCAUCGACAAGGUAUACAAGUGCUUCAAGGACCACGGCAACGGCCUCCUCUUCCGCCUCGUGGACGAGCGGAGAGGCCAGUGGGGCUUUUACAAUGACACGAAGGACGUUACGUUCAGCGUGAAGGUCAAUUUCGAGCACGACUCCUCAGUGAACGUUUUGGGGAAAACGCGGCGGGAGGAAGACGCCGAACUUGGCCCUGUCUGCGUGCUGGACGUGCCGCCUCGCUCCACGGAGCUCUUCGCCAAGGGCGACCUCUCAGGCUUCAGUACGAAGUUCAGUGGAAAGAGACACGCGUAG